UUACAUAAAUCUCUCAAUCGGGUCCAAGUCCGUUCGAUCGUUUUCGAGAUGGGCAAAAAGCGAAAGGGACUUGAGCAAGAGUUGGAGGAAGACCCGCUGGCUCACCUAUUUCCUCAGAAACGUUUCUAUCGUCAACGAGCCCAUGCAAACCCAUUCUCCGACCACUCAUUGGAAUACCCUCCUUCCCCUGGCGAAAUGGACUGGUCGAAACAUUACCCCGCUCAUCCAACCAAGAAGGUUGAGUUCGCUGACAUAGGAUGCGGCUUUGGUGGUCUCCUCGUCGGUCUGGCGCCCCUUUUUCCGCAAACGUUGAUGCUAGGAAUGGAAAUCCGGAUCAAUGUGACACAAUAUGUGGCGGAUCGCAUUGCAGCACUGCGUCUAAAGAGUGCGCAGGCAGCUGGGAGCGAGGAGGGUGCCAAAUCCCCCAUUGUGCCUGGAGGUUACCAAAACAUAUCAGUUGUUCGGGCAAAUGCUAUGAAGUUCCUACCCAACUUCUUUGAGAAAGGCCAGCUGAGCAAGAUAUUUUUCCUUUUCCCUGACCCGCACUUCAAAGCCCGCAAACACAAAGCGCGAAUAAUCUCUCCAACGCUUCUGGCUGAGUACGCGUACGUGCUCAGACCUUCUGGUAUCGUUUACACCAUCACGGACGUGAAGGCAUUGCAUGAUUGGAUGGUCCAUCAUUUAUCCUCAUUUCCCGCUUUCGAACGCAUACCCGAUGAGGAGCUCACAGGAGAUCCUGUAUUGGAGCAAACUAGGACAGCCACCGAAGAAGGGAAGAAGGUUGAACGCAACGGAGGAAACAAAUUUGUUGCUUGUUAUCGGAGAAAAAAUGUAUGAAUUCUGUGGCUAAUGUUAUAUUGAUAUAUUCCACCGAGUCUACAUUCCCCCAGUUUCGCCAAAAUAACAACUAUUCUGCAAAUAGCAAUUCUCUAAGCUGCCAUCCAGGAGCUACUUAUGCAUGAAGGAGGGCAGGCGCCUCCGCGUAUCUUGCUUGUACAAUCGUGCUUGCCGGAGCCUCCUCGCUCGUAUAAUCUCAGUCCGUACCGGGUGUGAGCGCAAAACCG